UUUAGGCUUCUUCUCGAGAUUCCUAUUGGGCUUCUUUUUUUGAGGUUUAGUAGUAGCCUAACCAGUUGAAUUGUAGGCCUACUACUGCUGUACAUUGUUCAGAAUCAACUGAACAAAUAUAUAGGCCCUACCCUUUGGCUUAAUGUUUUGAUUAUGUCGCUCUUGAGGAUGCCCUCCAAACGAUUUUUUACCUUAAUAUUGAAAGAUGAUAAUACAGGUAUUUCAGAUGUGUUUCUUCUUCACAUUUAUUAUGAUGACAAGUUCAGCGACCCUUGCUCAUACUUACAAUAAAUACAGAGAUCAUGCUGGAAGCUUUUCAACAGUGUUAUUGGAUGUUGAUAGUAAUAAUGUAUUAAUAGGUGGUGUGAACAAAGUGUAUAAACUUAAUAGUGACUUAGAGUUGUUAGUACAAGGAUCCAUAGGACCAAAGUUGGACCAUCCUGAUUGCACGUUCCCACCACCAGCUGAUUGUGCCCAAGAAAGAACCAUAAGGAAUAAUUCAAACAAACUUCUCCAAAUAUAUGAUGAUAAAAUAAUAUCUUGUGGAACAGUUUAUCAAGGCAGUUGCGAGUUUUUGUAUCGCUCAAAUUUGACAUUGAUAGCGCAGGAAAUCGUGCCCGUAAUAAACACUGAGAGCAAAAGUGCAUCAAUUGUUUCUUUAGAUGCUGAACCAAAGUUGUUUAUUGGAACAUCACCGGUAAGUGAGCCUGACUUACCAGCAUAUGCCAUUCGCUCUCCUUUGAAUUUUGAGGUAUACAAAAAACAAUCAGUAACAAAGGCUCAGAAGAAGGCAACUGAUGAUGCAAUAAAAGGUGGAUUUUUAAUUGAUUUUAUCCAUGCUUUUGUAAGCAACGAAAUCAACUACUUUGUCAUUGUCUAUGAUGAGAAAUAUGGUGAAACUAUGCACAAAUAUCAAACGUACAUUACGCACCACUGUCAAUCUGACCUAUCUUAUCUUUCAUAUAUUGAGCUACCGUUAGUGUGCCUCCACAAUGGACAGAGUUACACACUAGCUCAGUCAGCUUAUCUCGCUAAAAGAGUUCCAUCACAGUCAAAUUCAUCGGGGCUUGUACUCGUUGUAACAUUCGGAAUGUCUGAGAAUGCAGCAAGCUUAAUACCAGAAAGAAAAUCGGCAGUUUGUAUGUACUCUCUGACGGACACAAUUGAGUAUUCAUUUCUAGAGGCGUAUAAAGCUUGUGCUCGAGGAAAUACCAUGUUUAAAACAAUCAAGUGGGCAGGUUAUAGUCAAAACACGUGCAUUGACAAUUCAUAUUGGAGUUGGUACCUAGAGUCAGUGCAGGUACCCUACUGCCAUGACCUGGAACAAAUUCCUGAUCUUGGGGGAAAUGCUCCAAUCACAGCUGAUGCCAUAUACCAGGAAGUUAAUACGCUUUUCACAUCGGUUGUUUUUCAAUAUAUUGAUGAGGUACAAGAAAGUGUAAUAUUUCUUGGAGAUGAUGAAGGCAGACUUACAAAGCUGCGAUUGAAUUCGGCCAAUGCAGCACAGAAAUAUGAGAAGUUAACGAUAGAUGCAGGAAGCGUUGUAAUAAGGAACGGACUUGUAUUUAGCACUGAUGAUGCCUCGAUCUACAUGAUAACCCAGCAGCAGAUUACCAAAAUACCGGUAGAAGAAUGUGAGCAGUAUACCACCUGCAACGAAUGUCUUGGUGUCGGUGAUGGUGCCGGUGAUCCAUACUGUGGUUGGUGCACACUUAUGAAAAGAUGUACACGCAAGAACCACAAGGCAUGCAGAGGAGCCCAUAAAGUUGCAAAGAAUCGUUGGUUGAAUAGUCUGGACCAGUGCAUCCAGAUUAGCAAAAUUGAGCCAGCUAAUUUAGCAAGCAAUAUGCAGGUUGAGUUGACACUGACUGUCAGGAGCCUCCCAAAGGCACCAGCUGAAACAUAUUUCUGCAUCUUUGAAAAUAUUCAAACAACUCCAGUUAUAUUGAUCGACAGUUCAACUACACCCCCGACACUAAAAUGUAGAACCCCUCCUGAAGGAUAUAUCCAAUCUGGAGGGUCUCUGGAGGUUAAGCUUUCCUUACUAUCAAAUGAGACCAACAUGGAGUUUGUCAGCACUGAAUUUGUCUUCUAUAACUGCAGUGCAUUCAAGGAUUGCACUAGUUGCGUGUCAAGUAACUUUGCCUGCGAUUGGUGCAUUUAUGAGAAUAAAUGUACAGGCAAUUCCCAACAGUGUAAACUACAAGGGGUGGUUGGCGGACAAGGGAACGCUCUUACCAAUGCAACAAAAUUUGGACCCGAUAACUGCCCUCGAUUAGCAAAGCAGGAUACAGAGAUUCUUUUGCCUGUGAACACCAGAAAAGCUAUUGCGGUUGUGGCUCAGAAUUUGCCUACACUGGAGGCUGGCCACAUUGAAUAUGAAUGUGUGCUGGAUGAAAAGGUUGUGAAGGCAGAAGUGACAGCAGAUACUAUCAGAUGCAAAUCCAAUGAGUAUUCAUAUUCAGAGUGGAUGCAGGAAAAACCCAUUCUGCUGGGAGUGCGUUGGAAUCAUGAUUUCAUGAUUGACAAUCCAUAUAAUGUUACAGUUACUUUGUACAAGUGCGAAGUUUUCCGGGACACCUGUGGAAAGUGCCUAUUUGCGGACAGCAAGUAUGAUUGUGGAUGGUGCGAUCAGGAUGUGUGCGUAAUCAGAGAUAACUGUGAAAUUGAAACAUCAUUCUUAACAGGAAACGUAUUCUGUUUUAAUCCAAAAAUUAAUAGCUUUAACCCUCUGAAAGGACCCAUUGAAGGAGGAACUCGAUUGGUUAUUAAUGGCGAAAACCUUGGACUGUCAUUUAACGAUACUAUGGGUAUCACUGUUGCUGAUGUGGAAUGUGUGCUAGAAAAGGAGGGAUUUAUGCCAUCUGAACAGUUGCAGUGUACCCUGAGUAACACUGGGAAUAUGAAGAAUGGUCCAGUAAAGAUUACACUUAGCAAAGGAGAUACAACCUAUUCAGCAACCUCUGAAAGUGUAUAUGCAUUUGUGAUUCCAGUGGUAAAUAGGAUUAGUCCAAACCUGGGUCCUCAAUCAGGAGGAACGCAUGUUGUUUUAGAGGGACAACAUCUAGAUGCUGGCUCCACUGUCAAUGUUACCAUCGCUGAUCACCAGUGUCUGAAUAUUGAGAAGAAGAAUGACGGAACGAUUCACUGCACAACGUCUCCAGUUAGCAACAUGACAACUGGUGGUGUGCGUUUGAUGAUUGACAACGGGGAAGAUGACAGUGGUGUAAUGUUCAAGUAUGAAGCCGACCCGAUCAUUGCUGAAAUUGAUCCAGAUAGAUCCAUAGCGAGUGGUGGGACAGAUAUUAAAGUAAGCGGAAUGAAUCUACAUGUAGCAAACAAUAGGAUGUUGACAAUGACAAUAAGUAACAAAAUAUUUUAUGGAGAUUGUAUGAAUGCAACUAUGGAUUCAAUGACAUGUAAGGCCCCCAACAUCUUUAGCAAGUUUGAUCCGGGAGAUUCAGAUUCCAUGUUGGUUCCCAGUUAUGGAUUUAUACUUGAUGGUGUUGAGAAGUAUCAGUCUGUUCAAGGUUUAGAGAAAUUCCAGUCCUUCAAAUAUUAUGUGAAUCCUGUAUAUUAUCAGCUGGAAAAUAAUGUCUAUAAGAGGGAUGAUGAAGAGAAUUUGGAUAUACUGGGCCAAAAUCUGAACCUCGCUUCCAGGAAGGAUGAUGUUAAAGUAAGGAUUGGACGAGGGAAGUGCGAGGUGAUUGAUUUGGGUAGUAGCCUCCUGACAUGCAUGCCUCCAAAAGAACAGCCUUUAAGCUUGGAUGGAUCUGACAGCUCCGCAGAGGUCAUAGUUUACCAUGGUAACUUGAAUUUCAGUGUGGGCUCAUUGGAGUAUUAUAAGCCAUUACUGCCUCUUCCUCUUGAAGUUUUGAUCCCCAUAGUAGUGGUGAUUAUUCUCAUCAUUGUUUUUAUACUGGUGUACUAUGUUUAUCGUUACAAGUUGAAGUUGAAGACUUUGGAGAGAAUUCAGUCAGGCAGUAAAAGGCCUAUAGAUUACAGAUCCAAGGCUGUAGAUGAGGAUGGACUGAAAAUGGCACAACUUACACCAAGACCAACACAACAUAAAGCAUAUGAUGACAAUCACGUAUAUGAUCCAUUUUAUGAUGAGAUAAAGCCACAUUUACCCCCUAGAAGUGGUACAUCUGAGCUAUUAGACAAUUCUGAUGGAAGGUACAUAUCAGCAAUGCAGGCAACAGAUGAUGAAGGGUAUUUAAAAACAAUAAUGUUGGCAGAAGACAACAAUGCUGGAUUGGACGUAAAACCAAUAGGACCAGAGCCAACACAACCAAAUGAAGCACCGUAUGAAACCCAUCUGUAUACUUCAGAACAUCAUGAUAUGUAAGCAUGCUUUAUGUAAAAGAUAUUGUGCUGCUUCCUCCUGAUUGUGUAUGGCAUGCUGAGUCCUGAUUUUCCUCUUCUGAUGAUGUUCAAAAUGUUUGACCACCAAAGAAUUAAAAAAAGCAAAAAAUAAAAAUUAUUUCCUCAUAAUCGAUUAAAAAAAUGGGUCAACUUUACCAAACCUGAUGAUAUACCUAUUCUUAGGCUCUGUUUCCUCCCUGGUAAUAUACGAAGCCUUAGUCAAUAUAUACCCUGUGAGGAUGCAAAAAUGUUGGAGCGUUUUAUGAAGUGCUUGCACUGGAAGACAAGUGCCAUCACUGGAAAAGAAUUAUAUUCUUUGUUGGUUGUUCCCGAACUGUCACCGUCCUUUUGUGUAAAUGUUUGUAAUUUGUCUGUUCUCUUGUCGUUAAAUUGCUGGAGAAUGGUGCAGUGAUGCUGGUUCGUUUUUAUAUGAUUCUCUAGUAAAUUGUAACUGGUGCUUGGGUUAGAGUUUUCUUAUAUUUUCAUUAUCUUUAAGCAUUUUAGGCGAUUUUUAACUAUAAGGCGCAAUACAAGUUGAUUACUAUUAUCAUAUAUUUUUAAGAUCGUUCAAGUGUAAAUUGA